ACCGUUUCCUACCCAAAGAACCAGCGAUUUUCAACCUCUUUUGCCAGCUCCUGCCUCUCAUACACCAUGAGCAGCUCAUCUGAUGAUCAGGUCGCGUCUUUCCUUGCCAUCACCGGCACAAGCGAUCCUGAGGCCGCUCAAUUCUACCUCGACGCAAAUAAGGGCGACUUGAAUGAAGCGCUUGCCUCUUUCUUGGAGGGGAAUGAAGCGUCCGUACAACGAACUGCUCCAUCUUCGCGUCCUGCAGCAAGCUCUUCUAGCAAAACCACCGCGAAACGCGCGACUGGGAGUGUGAGCACGCUUGGAAGUAUUGCCAAGCAUGGUAGUGAUGAUGAUGAGAGUGAUGAUGAGAAGCCGGCGGAAUUCUACACGGGUGGUGAGAAGAGUGGAUUGGGUGUAUUGGAUCCCAAUAGCAAGAAGAAGGAUCGCAGUGCUCAGGGACUGAUUGAACAAAUCAUGCGCAAGGCUCAACAAGGCGGGGCACCACCGAAUGAAGACGACGAUGCAUCGGGUGCAAGUCGCUUCAAGGGCGCAGGAUAUACACUUGGCAGCGACGAAGCAGAUUCUACAAAAGUCGAAGACCCCAAUGAGGUCUUUCGACGAUCUAUGGCACAUGUCCCUCCACGCGUCAAGCGAACACUCAAACUCUGGCAGGAUGGAUUCUCUGUGGAUGAUGGGCCUCUAUUCCGUUUCGAUGAUCCUGCAAAUAAGGAAUACCUAGAAGCCAUCAAUCAGGGUCAUGCACCCUUGUCCCUAUUGAAUGUCGCCUUUGGGCAGCCAGUGGAUGUGGAAGUGCAAAAGUCUGAUGACAACUACAGUCCUCCCCCAAAGAUACACAAACCAUUCGAUGGACAAGGCCACCGACUCGGCAGUGAGAUUCCACCGGCCGCAGGGAAUGCAUCAGUAGCACUACAGCAGUCUGCGUCACAAUCAUCGAGUGCAAACGCACAGCCGAGUAUGGACGUCGACGCAUCUCUACCACAGACACAGCUCAAUAUACGACUCGCUGCGGGCGGCAGACUUGUGUCUGCUUUCAAUACAACGCACACGGUAGACGACGUGUACGGCCUGGUCGAUCGUGCUAGUGAUGCUGCAGGGCAUGCGUAUGUCCUGUUGACGCCAUUUCCGAGGCGCGAGUAUCAGCGUGGAUCGAAGGAUACGCUAGAAGCUGCUGGAUUGUUGAAGGGGACAUUGCAGCAAAAGUUCUUGUAGACGUUUCGGUUGCAUUCAUAGCUUCAAUCGAGGUCAUCCAAGUCGUCUUUUGGCAAAUCUUCCCCUGAUGCUGCUGUGUCCUCCAUCUCCUCAUCCUCAGUUGCGUCUGCUGACACAGUGCCAGCAGUCAUUUUGAUGGUCCCUUCCUCCAUAUCCUCUGUCUUGCCACCAGCUGCGCCCAAUGCCUCCUUUUCAUGCUUCAUGUCAAGAGCAAGGAACCACAAGACAACACUCUCCUUUCCUUGCGCUUCCGCCUCAUCCACGGCCAUUCUUCUCGCCUUGUUGAUGAUUUUCGCAUCUGCACCGGCACUCAGCAAGACCUUGACACAGUCC